AUGGCUUUACCUGAGAUUGUAUAUAUUGAUGCUUCGGAAAGUGGUUGUGACUUGAGAACAUUGCUUGAUAACUUGCUUAAAAUAUGUGAUUCGAAGUAUGAGCUCAAAAUCGAUUGCAAAUACUACUCAGCUGAUAUAAUUAUUCGAUCCGUAGACAAAUUAUGCGCUCUUAGCAAGUCACCGGAUUUUCUCAAUGUUCAUGGGGUUAUCAUUUGUUUUUCUGGGGAUAAGGUGUCUAGUUGGAAUUAUGCUCUUAAACUGAUGGGGUUGGCUAUUAGUCAUGACGUAUCCAUACGGAUGCUAGUGUGUCAUACUGUUAAUCCGUCUAUUUUGUUUCCUUCUGAGCCAGAUGCUUUUUCGGUUAUGACACGCAUUAUUCUGGAUCAUGAGUUUGAGCUAGUUGAAAUUUCGCCAAAUGAAGAUACUAUUGAAGAAGGCGAAGAAUUUGGAGUAAAACGAAUAAUAUCUAUAUUGGAAACACAUAUUUGGCCAAAUAUGAAGCCUAAAGAUCAAAAUAAUCGAAACCAUUCAAAAUCAAUUACUAAUAAUAAAUCUUUAAAUAAUGAAAAUCAUUUAAAUUUAGUAAAUAAUUUAUCGAAUAAUAUAAAUAAGAUCCAUUUAAAUAAUAAUAAUGAAUAUAUCAAUUCAUCAUUAAAUAAUGAAAGUGAAUUUGAAGAAUUAUUCAAACAUUUACCAAUAAUACGUAAUGAGAUAGCUUCAUUAAAUUCUACAGAUAGAUAUAAUAUGGCUGAAAAAAUAACAUGUAAAAUUUGGAGAGCUAUUGGUGGUUCUGAGGAAGAGAUUGCUGGUUUACAACAUUCAGAUUCUGACUAA